AUGGGUCAAACGCCGUCAGUUGAUGCUUUAAUUCAAGCAAGCGCGCUCUAUAGUUCACCCGCAAACAAAUGGGGAAAAUCGCAUAUUAAAGACGCCUUGCCAGCUACAUCGCACGCGGAUAGAAAGGAACCACCUAUUGUUGCAGACAACUUCCGUAUGGAUAGCGUUACUGCAUUCUUCGAAGGGUUAAGUCAUACCGAAAUCCUCAAAUACUGUUUAGGCUUUGACAAACCGGGCGUUCCAGCACUAGCGGAACAUGUUGUGCUAAUCGCUUUGAAGUGCGGCACUUUGAGUCGGGAACCAUUUCGUCUACUGGAUGUUGGCUUACAUGUUCUCGAGCGAAAGGGUAUGCGACAUCAUCUUUUGUCGCCGGGACCACAUAGCGUGAACAUUCUCAACAGUGUAGCAUACCAUCACUUGCGUCUGCAGGGUAACGCGCAUUUUGCGAACUGCUUGCCAGACCCCAAUAAGUUAGAAGACAACCACUUCGGUACCACACGCUUUGUAGAUGAAGCAGAAGCGGGUGAGUUUUUGGAAGACUGCUUCAGGAGACGCAUCAAGACGGAGCCGACACCACUAACGUACAAUCUCGUACGAGACGAGUACGUUGCCGAGGAGUGCGGCGAGUGCGACCUCGGUCCUAUUGUUCUUCUGAACUUCGACAAACCGCAGCUUCAAACUCUUCAAGAUAUGUUCGGAUGCCACCCUUCAAUCUGGAAGAACAUUGUAGCAACGAUAAGCGCACAAAGCGUCGCUCAAGAGCAAGGCUUCGGCUGGCGCGACGAACCCAUCACGUUACUGCAACUGACUAACGACCUCGGGAUCGAUUACCCGAAUUCGAAGACUGCCGCUGAUCGUGUUGCAUACACCCUUAUCGACGUUGUCCAGAUCAUCAUGCACCCGAGAUUUCCGCGGGCGAAGGAAAGCAUUCGCCAGUCCCCCUUUCCUCCACCAACCCUUCUCGUAGAUCCUUCAAGUUCCGUGCGGCAACGAAGAUUUACAACAUCAACUCUUCAAAACAACGAAAAGAUGUCCAACUCAGACCUCUCUCGCUCCGUCAGCCCAGACCACGGCAGCUCAUCAUCCCCCUCCCCUCCUCCUUCCGAGAUCCAACAGCUCGCGUUGGCCCUGACCUCGAAGACCGGAAGCGAGGUCUUCUCGCACUGUCUUGGUCUCUCCAAGCUCGAAGGCGUUCCCUUCAUCGCCGACAAUAUAAUCGUCGUAAACUUCGACACCGAGAACUGGGUCGCUAACCAUGACGCCCUCACUGAAAUCGGCGUUUCAACCUUCGACUCUCGCGACAUGCGCACGCUGAAGGAGGCUGGUAUGAACGGAGAGAACCUGCUCAAGCAGGUCUACUUCUACCAUGCGCGUAUCUUGGAGAACGCACAUCUCCUCAAUAUCAAGUAUUGUGUUGGUAACCCCGACGAUAACCGCUUCGGUCAGACUCGCUUCUUGACCAAGCUCGAAGCCGCUUCGAUGCUCAAGGAAAUGUUCGCCUGGCCCAUCGACCACCAGAAGCCGGAGUUAGGUUUCUGUCCCGUCGUGGUCUUGGGUCAUGCCCUCCAUGGGGAUAUGGCGAUGCUAAAGUCCACGCUGGGCUUCGACGCCAUGGCUUUGGAGACGGUGGUCAAGAUCAUCGACACCCAGCAAAUGGCUAAGGAGUGCGGAUACGAUUCUUACGGCGGCAACAAGAUCGGCCUAGGUAAUCUCGUCGCCAGCUGUGGUUUCAAAUAUCGGGAUGCCCAUACCGCUAGCAACGACGCGGCUAUGACGUUGAUUGCCGCUGUUCAGAUGGUCCUUCCUGAAGAGCUGAAGCCAAGAGAUGGCGGCUUGCAGCAGGUCGUUGACGAUAUUGAAAUUGCUAGCCAGCUGCAAGAGUGGGCUUGGGGUAACGAUCUCUACUGCCUUCGCUGUGGCAAAUACGGUCACACUAAAGACAAAUAUCGCAACAAGCGGUGUUUUGCCAAGGUCAAAUGCAGCCACUGUGCUACCUCCCAGAUCGAAAAGCGUAAGCAGACUGCAGGCACUCAUCGAACGGAGUGCUGUAUCUCUUAUGCGAUGCGUGGGCCUGAGGUGGUUGCGACCGUUGAGCAUGUUGCAAGCGUGAUUGCUGGUCUGAACCUUGGAGGAAAGUAA